AUGGAUUUUGUCGACGAUGAGGAGUCUUCUGCCUGGGCAACAUCGGACCUGGACAAGCUAGCGGUAUACACCAAAACACAGAUCCGCGGCCCUGUCGUACAAUGGAUCCUACAUGCACAGAUCCGACACAGGCUUUGCAAUGACGUUGUGUACGUUGGUGAAGACUUUAUCGAGGUCAAGCAGGUCGGGAACCAUGGACACCAAACACUCGUUGCCAGGAAGAACAAUUUCGAUGCCCAUAUACGUGCUGCAGCCGUGUUCAGCAAUGAGGACGAUGCUGAGACAGAAGACUUCAUGGUCAAGCUUGAGGCUGACGCAAAGCGCACUGUUGAUUCCCCAACAUACCCUCCCCAGUCGGUCAUGCUGACACUGGACUCGAACGAUCUGGUCUUCCUCUACAUGCACGAGGAUACGCAUGGGCAUCCGAUCUUCGUGCAACAGAGUGUGCCUAUGCCCUCGUUCGAUCGGAUCCUGUUCCAGCCAGGUGAAUACCUUGCGGUCGACCCCUUCUCUCGAGCCUUCGCGACUGCAGCAAACGAAAGAGAGGUCUUGCUAUACUCAGCGAAGCCGAAGCAGCAGAUACAGCACGAGAUCAGCACAAAGUCACAGAGCUGGUGCCCGAUCUCCAGCCAACGUCCCUUGCAGGUCGAUGGAGUCAUACUACAGAUGGACUUCCUGGUACCCCCAGCAGACGACAUGGACCACAUCAUACUGCUCUUGAUAGUCGCAGAUCAACGCCGCACAAAGGCCGUCAGGAUCGACUGGCAUUUCUCCUCUGGCCUCUUUCGCGCUCACAUCCACCCUGGGCAGUCACUAGAUUCCGCCAAAAGGAUGCCAAGUCUGCUCGUACCACUACGGGACGCGUCUUUCCUACUUGUUACCGACGACGAAAUCGUUCGUUGGAAGAAUAUCCUAUCGGGUGUCGCUGACGGCGCAGAUGUGCCGCUGACACGGGCGGAGCCAAAGUAUCCUGGCAGCUCGCCGCAAAGUCCGAUGUGGGCUAGCUGGACAAAGCCUCGACGUAGCCAAGCAGCGAGAAGGGGUCGAGACAGUAUCUACCUGGCCAGAGAGGAUGGGCUCGUCUAUCUCAUGGACAUCGACAGUCGCGGUACUGCCCAGAUAAGCUUAGCCGGAGACCUUAAAUGUCAUAUCGGUACUGCUUUCGCAUCACUCGGUGACGAGGGCGAUCCGGACAUUCUUGCUGUGGCCGGAGAUGCGAGCAGCGGUCGCAUAGUAUCAAUUGGACAUUGGCCAAGUCCUCGUCGGCUCGAGGAACUUAGUCGUGAUGCCACAAUGGAGCCCGACAUCAUCGAGAUCUUACCCAACUGGGCUUCGGCCAUGGAUAUGCUCACCGUGGACGGUCGCAAAAGCAAGACAACAGGCGUACAAGGAGAUGCUUUGUUCGUCACUUCAGGGCGACAGCCUUAUGGCGCGCUGACUGAACUGCGAAGCGGCAUAGAUGCACCUUUGUCUGCCUAUCUAGACAUUGCAGGUUCCAGUACUACCGACAUGUGGAGCUUCCCAGAUCUUGCCUCAGGCUCGGUUAUUCUGGUGCUGUCAGCUCCUACAGCGACAAGGCUCAUACGCAUAUCGGCCGACCUCGAUCAACUGGAAGAGAUCGAGGUCGGAACAGCGUUCGAGGUGAGUGAACGCACGCUUUUCGCAGGCAUCACUGCCAAUGACCAAAUGGUACAAGCCACCACUCGGACGAUCUGCGUAUCGACAACACUGGAGGCCAACUUCGAAGACACAUCCCUGCUCACAUUCGAGAAGCCGUCAAGCAUCCUUGCAGCCACUUUGGUAGCUGAUGUCUCAGCUCUGCUCACCGCGGAGCGUCACGACGAUCAUUUCAGUAUCUGCUGCUACAGUCUGCCCUUCGAGGACAGUGACUCUGGUAUUCAGAAACAAGCUUCUGUGAAGCUCAAGAGCGAAGCACUGUGUGUGGCUGCGGUCCUGGUUGGUGAUAGCACAAUCGCCAUCACAGCUACGAACGAUGGAAUGGUAGCCUGCCUUGUCUUCAAUAGCGGGCUUAAAUUGCCGCUCAUGCAUAUCAAGGCGCUUCCUACGUCGCUUGACAGCUCCAAUGUCUGCGACAGCGUAGCGAUUUUGCAAUCGACUGAUAAAGACGCAGAACAAGCUGCACUCCUCGCUGUGUGCGGAUUACGUGAUGGUAGAAUCGUCACUUUCGAAGUUGACAGCGGCUCCCAAACACCGCUAGGCGACGCUUGCAUCACACCUUUCUGCAGUAGUAGUGUGAAGCUGGUGUCUUUGAGCAAGGACAGGGACAAAGCAUGCGCCAUGGGUGGCGGUAGCACAUGUCUUCUCUCAUGGAACAAGCACAGCCCGGAUCCACUGCACAUUGAUCAGGUUUGGAUCACCGACAAGCUCAGGCCGUCGCUCUCGCAGGCGCCAGUGGUGGCUUGUGCUCAAUUACCUAUAGCUGCCAACCUGGCAACACCCUUCCUGGCCGAUGCUAUAGCGAUGGUGUCUGGGGAUGAGCUUCUCGUGGCGGGCUUUGCAGCAGUGGUGGGCUCUGUGCCGCGACAGAUUCCCGUCAGCGGGACACCCACUCGUGUCAUCUACGCUCAUUCCACACGAUGUAUUGUGUGUUGCUCUGUCAAGACGGAGGUACGCACUUUGCCGUCGAGCAAGCCACAUUCGCCUCCAGAGCAGAAGCGCCAGAUAUGGCCCAUCAUCGACUUUAUUCCUGCCAAGAGCGAUGAUCCGUCAUUCUCCUAUCAGAUGCAGCCCGGCGAACGAGUGUCUGCGUUACUUGAGUGGUCUUUCAAGCAGAGUAACGAGAAGACGUACUCCUUCAUCCUUGUUGGUGGAAGCUAUGUUCGCCAGAACGGCGCUCGCCGAGGUCGCAUAACAUUUCUGCAGCCAACAGUCCGCAACUGGGAGGUCGUGGAUGUCUGCGAGAGCGGUCGCAACCUCGUGUUCGAUGACCAGGUCUAUGCCAUGGCCCUGUAUGAUGACAUGACAUGUGUCAUCUGCGCCGGUGAUAGCGUGUAUCUUUACAUGUUCUUCGUGGAGGAGAAGAAAUGGAAUCAGAUAUGCAAGCCAUUCAAAUUGGCUAGCCCGGGCAUCAAAGUCACGAUAGAAGAGUUUGAGGCCGAGAGCCGCCUGAUUGUCAUCAGCACCUUGAAAGAUUCUAUCGUGAGUCUGUUGCUUGAUGAAGAGGUCGAUGACAGUCUACGUGACCUGACACCUACGAUGGUUGCCACCAGGGCCGAUAGCCUCCUCGGUCACUAUACUAUCAAGCCGGAGUAUCUUGAGGCGUAUGAUUACGAGACCUUCACUCUUGCGACCACAAAGCACGGUCAGCUCUUCGCCAUCAGUCGACACCAGGAAGACGAAGGACUUGAUGCACCCCCGAAGUACAUGUUUGAAGCUCAGUUGCCACACUCCUUAGUGCGAUUAGCCGCGUCAAACCCAAGCCAUCACCGCGGCGAUGCGCCAAAAGGUAUCCCAAGAUCCAACGAAACAGGCGCUCCCCUACCCAGGAUCACUGGCUGUGCCACCAAUGGAGCCAUCAUGGGAAUUUUGUUGAUUGAAGACGUGAUAUGGAAACGGUUAUCAUGGUUACAGAGCCUCGUCGAGUGGUGCCCAGAGCUAUCACCUCACUCCUACGCAUCGCCUGCGUACAGCCCUACAGCCAGUAGAGCCAUGGAUACAAGAGGCCGCGCAGUGCCGGUUGGUUUGCACAGCGUAGAGAAUGAAGUCGUCAUGCUAUUCUCUGGGCGAAGUCGGCUCAACGAUAUGCACAUCGACGGCGAUGUGCUAGAGCGUGUGUUCGAGAGAGGCGCGAUCGAGGCACUGGAGAGCCUGAUGAAGCGGCUGGUGCGGGAAGACCACGCUGUCGGCGCAUGGUUACGGAAGCAUAUAAACGAAGAACUCGGCGCCUUGCAUGAGGUUAUUAGGAUAGUGCGGGAUCUUAACAGAUGGAUGUGA